AUGGUACUAUCAAGAGCCAAAGAACUUGGACUGAUAAGAGGGUUCAGUAUUGGGAAUGAAGGUCUGAAUUUAUCUCAUCUACAGUUUGAUGGUGGCACGAUUUUAUUUUGUGAGGCUGAUUGGGUAGAGGUUACAAAUGUGAAGAGGAUUCUAAGAUAUUUUGAAGUAGUGUCUGGACUGAAGAUCAACUACCAUAAAAGUACUGUCAAUGGAGUGGGAAUUGAUGAGACUCCAGUUGAUGAAUUUGCUUCAAGAUUAAAUUGCACAAGUCAAAAGCUCCCUUUCAAAUACUUAGGUUUGCCCUUAGGGGCUAAUCCUAGAAGAAAGCAAACUUGGAAACCUGUGGUGGAUAUGUUCAAUGCCAAAUUAGCCAGAUGGAAAAGAAGAGUGCUUUCUUUUGCUGGUAGCAUGACAUUAAUUAAAUCUCUGUUGUCCAAUCUUCCAAUCUAUUACAUGUCUUUAUUUAGGAUGCCUCAAGGAAUUGUAAAGAAGCUAAAUAAGAUACAAUCCGCAUUUCUAUGGGGAGACAAUGAUCUGAAGAGAAGGAUUCAUCUUGUGAAGUGGAAAGAAGCUACAGUGAGUAAGAAACUUGGAGGAUUGGGAUAA